GACUGUACUACUUCCCCAUUUCUUGUUAGCAAUUGAACAAAGGCGCGUCUUUUGGGGAGGUUUAUGAGAAUUCCCAGCUUUGGCAAAUUUGUGAUGGCUUCACGCAGAGCGCUGGCAGUGAUCAACGAGGAUGGGAAUGGUGGGAUCGUGAACCUUGGAGCUGCAACUAUGCACAACAGCAGAUCGAGGAGCCCUGAGGUGUCAAAACGAGUAAGAAGCACAGAUGAUCCAGUCAUGGUGCAAGCCCGCCGCCUCAUUGGCGGAGUGCAGGGCGUUGCAUCCCUGGCACAAGGGGCGGUAUUCUGGGGACCCCCUCGGGAGGCCAUAGCCGUGGCAGCUGAGCAGGCCUGCAGCGACCCUGCAUACAGCCAGUAUGGGCCCGAUGAGGGCAUGCCAGAGCUGCGCGCCGCGCUGCACACCAAGAUCGAGGAGCAGAACGGCCUUCAUGGGUACAGCGUCAUUGUGACAGCAGGGGCGAACCAGGGGCUGACAAGUCUGAUGCUGACACUGCUGGACCCCACAGACAGAGCGGUGCUGUUCAAGCCCUACUACUUCAAUGCGCUCAUGGCUCUCCAGAUGACCGGCUGUGGGCAGACAGUGGCAUUUGGCCCCAGCCACCUGGACACCUGGCGCCCGGACCUUGACUGGCUGCAGGAUCAGCUGGAGGGGGCUAAUCCCCCCAAGCUCGUCUAUGUUGUCAACCCCGGCAACCCCACAGGAAUAACGUUGUCGAGAGAGGAGUUGGACCGUCUCACAGAGAUGACAGCCGCGGCUGGGACGUGGCUUGUCCUCGACGAGACGUAUGAGGAGUUCCUCUUCAGCGGACAGGAGCACUACUGCCCCAGCGGACCACAUGUCCUCCAUCUGUUCUCUUUCUCAAAGGCGCACGGUCUGAUGGGCUGGCGAGUGGGCUACAUUGCAUACCCAAACUUUGAUGGCUCAGAUUACUUGGGGCUUCAGCUGGUGAAGGUGCAGGACACCGUGCCCAUCCACAGUGCACACAUGAGCCAGAAGGUUGCCCUCGGGGCUCUGGCUGCUGGCAAGCCGUGGGUGGUCUCCCAAAUGGCCAGCCUGGAGCAGAACAGGCAGACACUGCUGGAGGCUCUGGCUCCGUUGGGGACACUGGGCGAUGGUAUUUAUGGCGGGGAUGCCAUCUACAUAUGGGCCAGGCUUCCUCCAAGCUGCCAGGAUGACAAAGCAGUGGUGACCUGGAUGGUGCACGAACACAAAGUGAGCGUCAUUCCUGGCUCGGGCUGUGGCUGCCCUGGCUAUGUGCGCAUAGCCUUUGGCAAGCCGGAGCCAGAAGCCUUCAAGGAGGCUGCCAUCCGGCUCAACACGGCGCUGAAGCAGCUCUGUUCUGAGGGAUUUCAGGUUGUGAAGCAGUGGCAGCAGCGCAAGCAUCAGUGAGUACUGUCUGAGUUGAGCUAUGAGAGCAGCAUCAGCAAAGUACCAUCGCGGUUCGGUUGGAUCGAUCCUGAAAAAAUGAUCGCUCCAGUGGAGAUUUUGCUUUGUGCUGUUAUGAGCAGUAUCGUUACGGGAGCAGAAUGUUUUCCAAGUCAACAUUGUAAUAACAUACUUUUUGGU